CAAGAUCUCAUGUUAUGUCAAAAUUAUUCUAAAACGGAAUCUCCGAAAUGAAAAAGAUCGAACAUUCGACACCGUUCAAAGUAAUUCCCUUAGCUGAAUCGAGAAAAGAACAUGUAGAUGUCGAGGGCAAAACCGAUGAGAAAAUAUCCGAAAUGGACGAUAAAGUUUCGUGUAAGGAACUAGACCAGUGGAUUGAACAGCUAAAUGAUUGCAAGCAGUUGACUGAAAAUCAAGUUAAAACGCUAUGCGAUAAGGCGAAAGAAAUAUUAUCAAAAGAAUCAAACGUACAAGAGGUAAAAUGUCCGGUGACUGUGUGCGGAGACGUACACGGUCAGUUUCACGACCUGAUGGAACUGUUCAGGAUAGGGGGCCGCAGCCCCGACACCAAUUAUCUUUUCAUGGGUGAUUAUGUUGACCGUGGUUAUUACUCAGUAGAAACGGUCACCCUGUUGGUCGCCCUUAAGGUUCGAUAUAGGGAAAGGAUUACAAUUCUCAGGGGUAACCACGAAUCUAGGCAAAUUACACAAGUGUAUGGUUUCUAUGAUGAGUGCUUGCGGAAAUACGGCAACGCCAAUGUGUGGAAGUAUUUCACAGAUUUGUUUGAUUAUUUGCCCUUGACCGCCCUCGUUGACGGCCAAAUAUUUUGUUUGCACGGAGGUUUGAGUCCCAGUAUUGACACUUUGGAUCACAUUCGCGCUUUAGAUCGUUUACAAGAGGUACCACAUGAGGGCCCCAUGUGUGACCUGUUGUGGUCCGACCCAGACGAUCGCGGCGGAUGGGGCAUAAGCCCCCGCGGUGCAGGAUACACCUUCGGCCAGGACAUUUCCGAGUCGUUUAACCACUCGAACGGGCUGACGCUCGUCUCUCGCGCCCAUCAGCUCGUCAUGGAGGGUUACAACUGGUGCCACGACCGUAAUGUCGUCACCAUAUUCAGCGCCCCUAACUAUUGCUACCGCUGCGGCAACCAGGCGGCCAUCAUGGAACUAGACGACGCUUUGAAGUAUUCAUUCUUGCAAUUUGACCCUGCACCCAGACGCGGGGAGCCCCACGUCACUCGUCGAACGCCCGACUACUUCUUGUAAUUUUUACAUAUUUGUCAAUCGCAAUAUCAUAAAAAUUUGCUUAGAUUAUAUUAUCGUAUUUGUUAAUGAUAAAAAGGAGUUAAAAAAACUGAUAGAGUGCGACCCGCAUUGAAUAAUAUAUAUAUUAUUACGAUGGAAAAGGCCCCCCCCGCCCGCCGACCGGGGUUUUAACCGCGUGAACGGGGCGGGGAUGGUUGACGUAAUUUUAGGAGGUUCCAAACCUUACCGCAUUUUCGUUUUCUCGUCCGUUAUGGAAGUAUUAAGCGAUGCGCGGCACGGAGGGGGCAUAGCGCGCGCCAGUGAGGAGGACUUAUACAGAAAUAUAAGUAAAAAAACAUAGAUGUAAUGUUUGCAUGUCUAGACUUAUACUCAGUGUUUAUUGUCAUACUAAAAAAACGAUUUUUUCCCCCGUGGAGAUUUUUUUUACCUCUUGCAGUUGUAGGGCGCCUUUUUACGAUAUUUUUAUGUAUCGAGCGGCCCCCCCGUCCUGGCCAAUUCGACCGGGCCGGGGUUGCGACGCCACCGAUUUUGUUGUCGGCCAUGUUUUACGUACCUACAAAUUGUUUCGCAAAAAAAAGUGUCUUUUAUUUUGGUGGGCGUCAGUCAUUGAAUAAACAGUUUCUAACGCGUUGGUUUUUGUUUUUGCGC